UUCCCCCACUUCUUUUUAUUUUCCUUUUCCCCCCUGACUUCACAGUUAAGAAAGCUGUGAUUAUUUCAUACCCCUCUCCCAUCUUUACGAAGCACAACUCUCUCACCAUCUCUGCGAACAAGCUUUACCAAAUGGGCCCAACGGAGACCCUUGUGUUCCGUGCACACGCGAUUGGGGACGUUGGCGUGUUGUCCAAUAAUAUCCUUAGAGACGUGCGUAUGGCCUGCAGGGACCAAGACUCCCAUAGCGAGGUUGAUUGCCAUUUUUCCAGGGUGAACAACACGGGCACGGCCUUUGUACGAAUCAAUACCCGGGCCAGUGUAAACUUAUUGAAAAUUGCGGAGCUCAGUUGCCAUCAAUUACCGUGUUUGGGUUCAGAUCGCCACGAGUGCAAUGUUGUCUUCCAAUUUGAGCGUUCUUACCGGGGGGGUCACAUUUCUGGCUACGCCACCAAUGAGACCCCUGAAAUGCUGCCCAUCGGCCAAGUUUUUGAAACCAGGCUUGCUGCUCGCCUAAGUGAAGCCUGGAGGGAGGGCAGUUGCCCCUCGUUGGGACCGAAUGGUACAAUCCAUAUUGCUUUUGAGUACGACAAGGAAACCAUGGUUCCCACUCGGAUCCACACCAUCCACAUCUCCACUCAACAUAAUGUCGUCGUCACUGAUGAGCUUGUUGCCAGUCUCUUACCGGUAAUCAGGGAUGUUAUCCCAGAGCAGUACCUAGAUGAGAACACCUUCAUCCACCUCCAACCAUCUCCCUACUUUCUAGUUGGGUGUGGUUCCACCGGCUAUGAAAGUAUCACUUGCGCCAGGCUCAUCAAGGGCGUUUUUGGUGGGUGGGGCGACUUCGCAAAUCAGGAGCCCAAAGAGAACACUGCCAGGCUGGCUGCAAAGCACAUUGUGGCCGAGGGGUAUGCCCGGAGGUGCAGAGUGGAUGUUUACUAUGAUAUCGGUGCUCCCGAACCUUUGUCUGUUUCUGUAGACACAUACGGGACUGGCACCAUUUCCCACGAGGAGAUUCUCAAUAUUGUGAAGAGGGAAUUUGAUUUUGGGCCGGACAUACUUACCAUGAACCUGGAUCACGAGAGGGGUGGUGGCAAUGGCAGCUUCUUGAAGACCAUGCUGCCCAUGGAUUUUUUUGGUGGAUUUCACGGGGUAGGAAAUUGUGAAGCCCUUCGAUUCGGAUCCAUUGGGAUAUCAUGUCACUGAGGUUCUGGAAGACUGCUGUCUAUUGGAAGUUUCGCAGGGACUCUUUCUUUCGCACUCUAUGGUUUGUUCACUCAGCUUGUUGAAUAAAUGAAAACAACAUGGCUUGCUUGUAUUAGCCAUCUAUGGUUUGUUUUACUCCGCUUGUUGAAUCAUUUUUCCUAUGAUAGAAAACAAUAUGGCUUGCUUGUAUUUACCCAGUGUUGUUCAAUCAUUUUUCCUCUGUUGAAAACAUCUCAUUUGGUUUCUCUUUUGUUGUUUUGUAUUAUCUGAAUCAUUUUUCCUA